AUGACGCUUCAAGUCCUCCAGUACAAUUUGUUCGGCCGGCCGUACGAAGUCUCAAAAGAUGGACAGCGCGAGCGACUGCAGCGGGUCCCUGAGUCACUUGAUCGGAUUUCCCAAUCGAUUGACGUCGUGACGUUAGCCGAGGCCGACAUUCAGACGCAGCGGGACGACAUGCUCGCGCAAUUCCAAAAGUUUGGUUUUCAUCAUGUCACGUCGAUUUUGCACGACCCGGACCCGUUUACCAGUUUAUUGAACGGUGGAGUGAUGAUAGUUUCCAAGUGGCCCAUUGUCCGAGAGGCACAACAUGUGUACCGUAAUGCUUGUCACUACUCGGACUGUCUUGCGGCAAAAGGCGUCAAGUAUGCUCGCAUACUGAAGACCGUAGAUGGUGUAUUCAAGAUAUUCAACGUGUUCGCAACGCAUAUGCAGGCUUGGUCGACGCUCGAAGGACGGUCUGACCGGAUCGAGCAAGCUAAGCAGAUGCGCCAAUUUAUCGAUGCUAUUGGCAUUCCGCAUCACGAGCCUUUGCUUCUUGCCGAGGACUUUAACGUGGACAACCAUACGUUUGGAAGUGAAGUGGCAUAUCUGGUGGAACUGCUUCAAGCACACGAGCCUCGUCGGAUCGGCGAACAGAACUUUACUAGCGACCCACACACGAACGUACUGGUUGGGCGCGACGGGGCUGCGAUCAGUAGCAAGUGCUUUGCGCAAUAUGUUCACAAUUGGGGGCCGGCAAAGGACGGCGUUUACCAUCCGUCAUUGCUUACCCGAUCAACUUGCAUGGUGCAUGCUGUCAUGGACGAGGCUAGUUGGCUUGUGCAUGCUGAGCUAGACGAUAUGUGCUAUUGCCCGUGCUGUCCACUAGAGUGGCUAGACUACACCCUGUAUGGCAGAGGUACCACAGCUGUAUCGUCAUUUGCGCUUGUCUGA